UGGAAGACUAUAACUGGUGGGUUCAGGGAGAUUAUUAGUGCUUCAAGACGACCAGAGACAAAAAAAGAGGACAGCAUUUUUCAGAUGUGAAUUUAAAGCAGAAAGACAGAACCUGUCAGCGCACAUGUAGUUUGAAACAAAAGUUCUUCUAAGGGCACUCUGGAAACAUCUUACUCACUCAAAAGCUCUGCAAUGAAUGGCACCUGUCAACCCGGUGAUAAUUUCCUCCUGCAACCCAUCUGGGCAGCUAUCCGAAGUCACGAGGACUUGCUGCUUUCCAAGCUCUUUCCUACAUGUUUUGUCUUCUUUGCUCAUUUGGUGGCUUGCUUGUACUUCAUUUUGUUGGACUUCAUGGAACCUCAUGUUCCCUGUCUUUGGCGCUAUAAAUUAAGUAGUCAAGAUUCCAGAAACACAAAAGCACUAUGGGAAUGCCUGUGGAAGACUGCCAGCAACCAGGUGGUGUGUAUCCCAUCGGUCUCUCUGCUCUGCACCUAUCUACGCCCACAGAGACUGCCUGACAAGGCCCCUUCAUGUUUUUGCCUGGCAUUUGAGGUUGUGCAGUGCCUGCUGCUGUUCGAUGCCCUCUAUUUCUGCUGUCAUUUUCUACUACAUAGAGUACCUUACCUGUAUCAGAAGGUUCACAGUGUGCACCAUCAAUACCAGGAGACCUUUGCUCUAGUGGCCCAGUACUCCAGCCCUUGGGAUGCAGUCAUCUUACAAAUGACUGCUUUCUCCUGUACCGCCUUGUUGCACUGUCACCCACUGAGUGAGAUGAGCUUUCACCUAUUGAACAUUUGGCUCUCGGUAGAGGUUCAUUCUGGCUAUGACUUCCCUUGGGCAUCUCACCGCAUGGUACCGCUGGGACUUUUGGGAGGGGCUCCUUUUCACAAUCUGCAUCAUCAACAGUUUAAGUGCAAUUAUGCUCCUUAUUUCACCCACUGGGACAGACUAUUUCAGACAUUUGUACAGACAUCAAAAAAACAAAUAUAAAUAUUAUAGUCUCCUCGUUGUUUGCUAUUAAUGUUCCUUAUAUCAUCUCCUUGUCUUGUUAUCUGCCCAUCUAUCUCACCUAACUGAGAAUGCAAAUAGAGCAGUGAGUCUAGAGAUUUCUCUCCAGACAAGAGGAACAUAAACCUGGAAUGGGAGGCAUAGACCUAGAUGAUGAGGAAAGAGACAGAUAUUGCUGAGCAGGGUAAGUG